CGGAGACCGGAGUGCAGCUGGAUUGGCCGCGGAGGCUCGUGACAGCAGCGCUCAUUGGCUGUGGCGGCUCCCGUGACGCGGGGUGGCGACUGGCUCCCGUGUCUGAGGGGCUCCUGCUUGUCAGGUUCUAGAUAGCUCAUGUUUUCUACCUAGACAUAUGAUCAUUCCCGUGAGACUUCACUGCACGUUUUCUCAAGUGUCUUCCUCAUCCCUAAUGUGUAAUCCUUCAACAUGGACCUGCUACUUUAGCUAAGAUAUGACCAGCAACGAAUAGUAGUAAGAUAUGUGCUGAUUAGACGGCUCAAUUGUGCAGUGUGGAGGAUAAGACAGUGCCUUACAAAAAUGGGGUUUGGGAGUGACCUGAAGAAUUCACAUGAAGCUGUGUUAAAAUUGCAAGACUGGGAAUUACGGUUACUGGAAACAGUGAAGAAAUUUAUGGCCCUGAGAAUAAAAAGUGAUAAAGAAUAUGCAUCUACUUUACAGAACCUUUGUAAUCAAGUUGAUAAGGAAAGUACUAUCCAAAUGAAUUAUGUCAGCAAUGUAUCCAAGUCUUGGCUACUUAUGAUUCAGCAGACGGAACAACUUAGUAGGAUAAUGAAGACACAUGCAGAGGACCUAAAUUCUGGGCCCUUACACAGGCUCACCAUGAUGAUCAAAGACAAGCAGCAGGUGAAGAAGAGUUAUAUAGGUGUUCAUCAGCAGAUAGAGGCAGAGAUGAUCAAGGUCACCAAGACAGAAUUAGAGAAAUUAAAAACAAGCUAUAGACAAUUAAUAAAAGAAAUGAAUUCUGCCAAAGAGAAAUAUAAAGAAGCUGUAGCUAAAGGGAAAGAAACUGAAAAGGCUAAGGAACGUUACGACAAAGCCACAAUGAAACUUCAUAUGUUGCAUAAUCAAUAUGUAUUGGCAUUGAAAGGGGCGCAGCUUCAUCAGAAUCAGUAUUAUGACACUACACUUCCUCUGCUUCUGGAUUCCUUACAAAAGAUGCAAGAAGAAAUGAUAAAAGCACUGAAAGGUAUAUUUGAUGAAUACAGCCAGAUAACCAGUCUUGUUACAGAGGAAAUAGUGAAUGUCCAUAAAGAGAUUCAAAUGUCAGUUGAACAGAUAGACCCUAGCACAGAAUACAAUAAUUUUAUAGAUGUUCACAGAACGACAGCUGCUAAAGAGCAAGAAAUUGAGUUUGAUACUUCCUUACUAGAAGAUAAUGAAAAUCUACAGGCAAAUGAGAUUAUGUGGAAUAAUUUAACAGCAGAAAGUUUGCAAGUAAUGUUGAAAACUUUAGCAGAGGAACUUAUACAGACACAGCAGAUGCUUUUAAAUAAGGAGGAAGCUGUCCUGGAGCUAGAGAAGAGGAUUGAGGAAUCUUCUAAGACCUAUGAAAAGAAGUCUGAUAUUGUACUUCUGCUAAGCCAAAAACAGACACUUGAAGAGCUAAAACAGUCAGUCCAGCAGCUGAGAUGCACUGAGGCAAAGUUUACAGCACAGAAAGAAUUGCUAGAGCAAAAAGUGCAAGAAAAUGAUGGGAAAGAGCCGCCUCCAGUAGUAAAUUAUGAAGAAGAUGCACGAUCAGUUACAUCUAUGGAAAGAAAGGAGAGGCUAUCCAAAUUUGAGUCUAUUCGUCAUUCAAUUGCUGGAAUCAUUAGGUCUCCAAAGUCUGCACUGGGCUCUUCAACAAACAUGUAUCGUUUUGAAGGCACUGGGUUUUCAAAUAUCCCUCAACUUAUAGACCAUCACUAUACAACAAAACAGGUCAUCACUAAGAAAUCAGGUGUAGUUCUGCUGAAUCCUAUUCCUAAGGAUAAGAAAUGGGUUCUCAAUCAUGAAGAUGUCACAUUGGGAGAAUUACUGGGCAAGGGAAAUUUUGGUGAAGUAUUUAAGGGCAUAUUAAAGGAUAAAACUGCUGUUGCUGUUAAAACGUGUAAAGAAGAUCUUCCUCAGGAACUGAAAAUAAAAUUUUUACAAGAAGCCAAAAUUCUCAAGCAAUAUGAUCAUCCCAAUAUUGUCAAACUUAUAGGAGUUUGCACACAAAGACAGCCUAUCUACAUAAUUAUGGAACUGGUUCCAGGAGGUGAUUUCCUCUCCUUUCUGAGAAAGAAGAAGGAUGAAAUAAAACUCAAACAAUUAGUGAAAUUUUCAUUAGAUGCUGCUUCUGGUAUGGCCUAUCUUGAGAGUAAAAACUGUAUACACAGGGAUCUUGCUGCAAGAAACUGUCUGGUAGGUGAAAAUAAUGUUCUGAAAAUCAGUGACUUUGGAAUGUCUCGUCAAGAGGAUGGUGGAGUGUAUUCAUCUUCUGGCUUAAAGCAGAUUCCCAUUAAAUGGACAGCACCAGAAGCUCUUAAUUAUGGGAGAUACAGCUCUGAGAGUGAUGUGUGGAGCUUUGGCAUCCUCCUCUGGGAGACCUUCAGCUUAGGGGUCUGCCCAUACCCUGGAAUGACAAAUCAACAAGCUCGGGAGCAAGUGGAAAGAGGAUACCGAAUGUCAGCCCCUCAGCAUUGUCCAGAGGACAUUUUUAAAAUUAUGAUGAAGUGUUGGGAUUAUAAACCUGAAAACCGCCCCAAGUUCACUGAACUUCAGAAAGAGCUCACUGUCAUCAAGAAGAAAAUCACAUAGUGACAGAACAGUGCAAACUCAGCCUCCAGGACUUGGUCCUCCAGCAGAGUAAUAUUGUUCUUCUCGUUAACAAUGAGUUUAUACCACGUUAUGUGCAACAGUCUUCUAAGGUUACUUUUUUUAAUUAACUGUUUUUUAAAUAUGUGCCGUUAAAAAAAGUCAAAGGCAAAUGCAUUCAAGAAACAGGUAGUCCUACCAAGGGCUUUCUUAGCUCACCACAGCAAUCCUGGCAUUUCAGCCCUUUGUAAAUAGACAAGCACAGGCUCUAAACGUGAGGGGGAACCAAUCCAUCUUUUUCACACCAGGACCAUCAAUGUUUCUCAGAGAUUUUUUACUUCAGACCCAGUUCACGGCUGCUGUCCCAUGCCACAGACCCUACUCGAUCGGUGCUAUCAGCUGCAUUGGUAAUGCCAUGUCUGCAGGACACAUUCCAACCAAAGCUGGCUUUCUGCUCCGCCAAGGCAAGAGUGUAUUUGUAAACAUCAUUUUAUAUUGAGAAUUAUUUAGACCUCCUAGGGGUUUUCUUUCCUUUCUCGCCAGAAAUAAGCACAGUGUAAGAAUCCUCACACUCCUGUCUUAUUGGUAAACCUGUUGUUUCCCUCCCCUUUUGUCCAGGCAUCAGAAAAUGAUACCUGGAACGUCCUCAAAGAGCUCUUAAUUGAGGCCACAGCUUUUAAAGAAUGUUUCAGACAGCUGUGAUGGCAAGAAGUAAGUUGGAACAGGAGGACGGUCUGGAGAAAGGGGCAGCUAAAGUCAUCAUCAAAGAGAAGGAAAGGAAAAUAGAAAAUCUGCCUUCUUACCAGAGUUAUGCCUUUACACACACACACACACACACACACACACACACACACACACACACACGUGCUUUAUUUUAUGGUCUGAUUCAUGAAAAAGGUUUUAAGAAAUGUUUUCAGAAGUUCAUAGAUAGAGCCUUCUUGUCAACAAAAAAUUCUUUAGAGAAAUUCCAAAGCACGAGUCUACAGAAAUAACAGCAUAAUUUUAAGUACCUUCAUUUGAGAGGAGACAUCCCAGAAUUUAAUUCUGUUCAUUUGUGCCAGUUUCCAGAGCUGUCAGAAUAUGAUGAGUCUAGUUCAUAAACACAUCCAUGUGUGUACACACAUGGGCGUGCACCCCCCACACAGCCACACAGCCACACACACGCGUGUAAUACCGAGAAACCUGGCAGGUAUGAAUGGAGUAAAUGGUUAAGAAGUCAGGUGAACCUUAUUAAGGAAAAAGCUGUAGAGAUAGCGCUCCUUUGUCCACCUUCCCCCUCAUUUACUCUUAUACUGCUACCUGAAAAUUCUUAUCAUUAGCCCACCCAUAUAUGAGCACAGUUUGGAGAUGCUUCAUAUAAAUAAAAUGUAACAGAGUUUAAACUAGGAUUGUCUUUAGCUGAAUCUUAGCUUCAUCCAGGGAACUUACCCCAUGGUCUGUAUAUAGUUGCCUCUCAGGAUAAAUAUGUGUGUAAGAGAUGGUCACGCUCAGGGGUAAAUGUGGCCUGGGAGCUUUUAAUAAGUGCUCAGGCCUGUGUCCAAAUAGCACAGUAGUGAUUAUUUGGUCUACAUUCAUUGGAAGAGCUUAUGGGAUAGAAAAUUCCUCCUGCCCCCUCCACAUAUUUGCUGCCUAGGAAUAUCACUGCACACAACUCACACCCAGUACUACUUUCAAGAGUAAACAGGAUAAUACUGAGGAGAAAAAUGGCUUGUGUCUACCACUUCAAUCUCCUUGAAGUUUCACACACACUUAAUGAUUACCACAUCCAGACGAAAAUGAAAGCAUAAUAAACUCGCCCACAAAAAUAUUGCAAUAUACAAAGUAACUCUGUUUUAAUCAGCAUUGUUUCCCUUCUGUCAAAUAUUACGAGUAAAAUGAAACCUUCUUUUGAUGGCAUAUACUGUGGUAAAUCAAAGCAGACUCAUGAAUUAAGAUUAAGAGCUCUGGUCUUCAGGCACUUGGCCAGCCUUCAAAAGCAAGAAUAAAAUGGGGACAUUUCCACCCUUUGCCAGUAUUUCCAAGUGCAUCUCUCUGUAAUAUUCUUCGCUUAAAGAAAACAGCCUCCCAUCACUUAGCAGCCCCAGUGCUAAGCUCUCAGCAAAGAGAGAGAAUGUUGGUUUGGGCUUUAAGUUUGUGAACAAGACCUGAAGCUUAAUCAUUGCAUUCUGGUGUAAAGAACGAACAUGGCAUUGAUAUUUCACUCAUCCAGGCUGUUAGAAUUUGCAGUUCACAUCGUAACUCUGUGCUUAAAUUAAAGAAGCUUUUCAAAACAUCGUGACAUCUGCAGCAUUUAAAUUCUAUUUUAUUCUUUGUCCCAAAGCAGGCAGUGGUACAGUUCAGGAUUAAUAACUCAUCGGGAGUCUUUCAGGAUCAUAUCAGUUAUAUAGAAUAUUAAAUUUAAUAUAGGCACAUGCAUUAAGAAAAACUUAUGCAGAUUAUUUUUUACUGUUAACUUUGUUGUGCUUGAAGCAUAAUUUAUUCAUCCCUUCUGUCACUGAUAAUUAUUGGAAUUAUGUACUUUAGGAGGCUAAUCCAUACCCAAAAAGCAUACACACAAAUACUCCUCUGAAUUUGCAAGUUGAUAUAGGGAAAGGUUUCAGAAACACAUAAAAUCCUAUGACUUAUUUAGUAAGAAAACAGUAACCAAAAUUUUAGUAACCAAAAUUGCCACUGGUCUGAAUGUAAUUCAGCCAGAUCACAAAUCUUUGUGUUGUUAAUGGAUUUUUCACGCGUUGCAUCUGUUACUCCUAUGUAGUUUCUGUCAUAAUUCCUUAAAUUUAUGCAUAUGGAGGGGGGGGGCGGUAACCCAGGCAGCCUGACUCUCACCUGCGUUUUUCUAUCUUGAAUCACCAAGGAACCUUUAUGAGAAAUAUUUAGGUAGUUCAUCAUUUUUCAAGGAAAGAAAUCUUUUAUUGUCAAAUUAACAUUUAUCACCAACAUGUGAAACCUAAAAUUAUUUUGCACUCCAUGUAAUCUAAGGUUACUUCCCAAAGCCAACAUAUUCUUUCUCUUCUAGGAUAUAAUAAUAAAGGAUGAAUAGGUUUUGUUUAGACUUUCAAAACCAGAGGUUUCAUUUCAGUCCAUCCUGCCACUAGGUCCCCAGUGAAAGGUCUUAUGGAAUCAUUUCUCUCUUAUCUCCCAAAUUUAAUAUAGGCAAUAAAAUUCUUCAUCCAUAAUUCACCAUUUUAUCACAAAUACAACAUUACUGAAACCUGUUACUAGCACACCAGUGUAGAACAUGAGUCUAAUUGCUUCAGCCAAUUUUCAGCACACAUUUCACAACUGUUUUCAUUUGAAGGUUGUUUUAAAAGAAAAGAAAAUGUUUAGUCAUGAACUAGUCUUAACUUCCUUUAAGCCAUGAUAUGGUUUUCUUGUCUGUGUUAUACUCAUUGUUUCAGUUUUGCCAUAUAGUUUUAUAUAAAGUUUGGCUAAUACCACUAAAAUAACCGUGGCUUCACAGUACUGGUAUGACUUGUGUCAAGAAGAAAGUGUUUUAAUUAUACUAUAUGCCACACACUGAGGAUCUUGUAGUGGGAUAAACAUAAAAAUGAGAACGCAAAAAUACAUGUCUAGGUCGUAUGUUACUGUCGUUCGGUUACCUCAGUCACACUACUUUCCAGUUCACUCAUCAGAUGUUCUAAAAAUGUACCUGCAAACCUUCCCUAGUAUACUCUAUGGGCACUGUUCUGUGGCUGUGUGUCUUCUGACGUGAGAUCAGUUGAUACUUUCUGAAAAGAGGGUUUGUUUGUUUGUUUGUUUGUUUGCCUCAACCCUCUUUUUACAUAUGCGUACCUCCCCAUCACACCAUUGGUAUUUUAGUUGUUUCUUAUCAACAGAAUUGAUUGUCCAUAAACACUAUUCUGAGUCAUGUAAAGACUGACUUUUGUAUUUAGGAGGUCAGAGCCCUCACACAAAACAGAGAAUAAUGCAAAAUACAAAGAACAAAAAGGGACAGACAAUUGAAAAAGACAUGGUUUCUUUAUGUAUUAAUAUGUUAAUUAAAACAAAGAUUUUAUAUGAAAAUGAGUUUAUAUUACAGUUCCAUUACACUAUUAAGUUAGCAUGAAAGUUUACCAUUAAAAUAAAGUAUUACCUCUUUUAUUACUAACUCUGA